ACAUUGUCAAUAUGACGUUUAUUGUCAACAUACAUACUGUUUGUGUACCUAUCAUUAUAAAACCAUGACUAUUUUCUGUUAUAUUUAGAGAAAAACUAAAAUAAAAUUGUGCUAUCCAAUAAAUAAAAAAACUAAUUUUCCAUGUGCUAGCCGUCGUAAACACAUUAUAAAUAAACUCAUAUCUGGUUUGAUAUGGAUCGGGGUAAAAUGCCGUCAACUGGCCGCGGAGCCAAAAGCAAGGCUCCACAGCAUCCCCAGGAUAUCUUUGCGUUAGGCAGCAAGUCCACUGUGGUCGUCUCCAGAGAUUCUGAAAAGCGUAAUAUUCACAAACCGUCUACUAGCGGAGUGGAUCGUAAACGGGAGCCAACAGGUUUUGGUGCUCCACCGCCUGCUAAGAGGACAAGAAUUGGAUCACCAGCUGAAGCUGUUGGAGGUACUUCCUUGGAGGUGGAUCCAGUUGACCUGGUGCCAAAUGUACUGCAGGCAUUAGAUACACUCAAUUCUGACAAAUUGCUGGGUCUCUUAACUGGUUCUAUAAGGUUGCUGAAAUCUCAACGUUCCAAACCUGACCCCAUCCUCUGCAUGAGCCUGUUGUACUUGACAAAGAUCAGGCCCAAUAUGUUUUCACAUGAGGUGGUCACACAAAGUUUGUGUACACUACUAAAACGAGAGCAAGGUGCAGCAUUCAAGAGCAAAGGGAAUCCACUAGUAUUUGUGCUGGCCUGCAACAUGUUGUAUGCUGGACAUCGAGAGAGUAAAAACUGGCCUGAUACUUUUAUAAAGGUGUAUAUAGAAGAUGCACUGAAUGAACGCUGGUGGGUAGAGUGUUCGUGGUGCAAGUGUCUAGUGGAGAAUAUUGUCACUGCGUUCAAAACUAAGCAUCCACCACCACACCUCAUACCCAGUGAAAAUACAUUAGGAACAAUGUCGCCAUCAGGGUCAGGCUCGCCCCUGAUGGGCAGCACUGAUGAAGACACAGACAACACAGAGUUGGAAUAUUCUGUAUUCCCAAGAUAUUCAAGUAGUUACGAGACUGUGGAGGCGUUAGUGCUGGAAGCUAUCAAGGAGCAGAUACAAAGACGCGCCGCGCCCGACGCCAUACACAAGGGAUUUCUGAAGCUGUUAUCGGCUACUUGUGGCUUCCCUGAGAUCCGCAUGAUCUCGGCGUCGCGGCUGGAGGCGUGGCUGCACUCGGGCAAGCUGUGGCGGUGUGCACAAGAGCUGCUGGCGUACGUGUGCUGCAACGCGGACGCCUGCGGGCCCACCGCGCAGCGCGACCACGAGGUGCUGGCGCAGCUCGCGCGCAUGCGCCUCAAGACCAAGCCGCUGCAGGCCGCCUACCAGGCCUGCCUCAGGGAGAUGGUGUCGGACAGUCCGGCGUUGCUGCGUAGCGUGGUGACGCACACGAUCUACAACGAGCUAUCCAACGUGCGCUCGCCCAACAACAUGGCCGUGCUGGCCGCGCUCGUGCAGGCGCAGCCGCAACUCGUGCCCGCCGCAAUGGCCGACACCUAUCAGGAGCUGGUGCUGCGCGCGGAGGACUACCUGCGGCCGCUGCGCGCGCUGACGCGGGAGUGCGUGCGCGCGGCGCGCGCCGACGCGGCCGCGCUGGCGCCGCUGGCGCGCGCGCUGGCGCAGCCGCCGCCGCACGAGCCUGCUGCCGAGGUCCGCGAGCGCGCAUUCUCAUCGCUGGCGGACCUGUUCUGCUGCUGCUGCAUGGUGACAGCCUCGCACAGCAAGCACCUGCCCGAGUACAAGCAGCAGCUGUGCGCCAUCCAGUGCUCGGCGCUCGGCUGGCUGCUCGACACCGCCAUGCCCAUAUACAGACCCUCGCGCCACGAUUACCAACUUGCCCUCAAUAAGAUAAUGUUCGUAGAGCCGGCGGAGACGUACAGCAAGGCGGACAACUGGCCGCCGGAAUCAGAGCGUGCGCUCACGUACCGCCUGUGCUGCGAGGCGCCGCUGCCGCAGAACAACCUGCUCAGGGUCAUCUUCAUCGGGCUCUCCAAGGAGCUGCCGGUGUCGGCGGCGGAGGCGUUCGAGCUGGUGGAGCAGGUGGUGCGGCGGGCGUGCGCGCUGCCGCCCGACGACAACCCGCUGCAGGUGGACAAGCUGGAGAUCGCCGAGUACAUCUUCCAGCUGUGCCAGUUCCACCCGCCCGACAACAUCACGCUGCCGCCGGGGUACAGCCCGCCGGCGCUGGCCAUCACGUCGCUGUACUGGCGCGGCUGGACGCUGCUGGCGCUGCUGGCGGCGCACAACCCCGACACCUUCGCGCAGCGCGCCGCGCUCGCCUACCCCACGCUGCGCGCGCUGCUCGAGACCUGCAUCACCAGCAAGCCCAGCAUCGAGUGGAACAGCAGUCCAGCUUUAGAGGCAGAGCGGCUGGAGGCAGAGCGCCAGACUGUGCUACAGUUGGAGACUCACCUAGCUGCUGCCAGCAAUGCCAAGCUGCCCGUUACCGAACACUCUUCGCGCCUGCUCAGCCAGCUGACGAUCCUGGACCCGCUGGGCCCCGCUCGCAAGCCGCCGCAGGCCACGCUUGAUGCACUACAGGCGAUGAGCACUCAGAUGCGGUUGGGAAAGUUACUGUGCCGUCAGCCGGCGCUGCUGCUGGAUCUAGUGGAGCGGCACGGCACGCGCCGCGCCAUGCCCUGGCUGCACCAGCUGCUACGACACGACCAACUCGAGCUCAGCGUGCUGCCGGUGCAGUGCCUGUGCGAGUUCCUGUCGGCGGGCGGCGUGGGCGGCGCAGGCGGCGAGACGAGCAAGGCGGGCGAGCUGUGUGCACACCUGCGCCGCACCGUGGCGAGCAGCGCGGCCGGCGCGCGCGCCGUGCUGCAGUACUACCUGCAGCGCCUCGCGCACGCGCACGCGCCCACGCGCGCCGCCGCCGCCAGGGGUCUUAAGUUGGUGUUGACGCAGACGACAGACGAUACCGCCGAAAUGGACUACAAUGCCGACGUCAGCCCUGAGCAGUGGCUGGAGCUGGCGUGGGCGCAGCGGCACUGGGCGGCCGUGCGCGAGGAGGUGGUGGCGCGCGUGCGCGCGGCGUGCCUGGUGGAGUGCGUGCCGGCGCACGUGGCCGCCUACCUGGCCUUCCUGGCGCGCCACGUGGCCGACCGCGCGCUGCACGCGCCGCUCGCCGACCACACCGACCACACCGACCACACCGACCUCGCGCUCGAUCUCGCCCAGGUGGUGAUGGAGCGGACGACGGUGAUCGGCAGCGUGCUACCGCCGGCGGAGCUGCGGGACCCCCCGCCCGUACCAUCCCGUACCCAGCACCGCACCCUUCAUGCACUCACCACCAUAUUCUACACGCAUCUACGACAGCAACUGCAAGUGGGCAGCCGCGAGGAGGCGGUGGAGGGCGCGGGCGCGGCAGCAGGGGCGGAGGGCGCGGCGGCGGGGGCGGAGGGCGCGGGCGGCGAGGGCGGCGAGUGGGCGGCGGGCGCGGCGGAGCGCGUGGCGCUGCAGUGGCCGAGCGGCCGCCGCGCCACGCUGCACGUCAUCGUUGCGCAGGCGCAUCUCAAGCUGCUCUGCUACGGACCCUCUAUAUACGACACGAACCAGGAGAUGUACUCGUGGCUGCAGUCGGCGUGGGUGGGGCCGGACGCGCCGGCGGCGGCGGGCGGCGAGGCGGCCGAGGCGCUGCUGCUGCCCGACUGGCUGCGGCUGCACCUGGUGCGCUCGGCACGGCCGCCGCUGCUCGAGGCCGGCCUGCGCGCUCUGCCCGCCAACAAGCUUGCGCUCUUCAUACAGACCUUCGGCAUGCCCGUCGCUUCUAUGAGCGCGUUACUGGGUGCGCUGGACGCAUGCGCAGCGGGCGCGUUGGCGCGGCUGGGCGUGGAGCGCGCCUACAUGGCGCAGCUGCUGCGCGUGCAGCGCGCGCGCGGCGCGCUCGGCGGACACGCCUUCGCCGCCGCGCUGCGCCUGCAGCCGCCGCGCCCGCCGCCCGACGACACGCUGUUCGCGGAGGAGCGGCUGCCGCCGGAGCAGGAGGAGCCGUGGGGCGCGGAGGAGGAGCCGCUGGCGGUGGAGCUGGUGCCGGCGCUGCUGACCGCCGCCUUCGACGCCACCGCCACCUUCCCGGGCGACGUCGACACGGCCUUCACGGAGCUCCUCGCGCUGGUGACGGCGGAGGUGAAGCACGCCAGGUCGGGCGGCGGCGACGGUGGCGGGGGCCCGUACACGGAGGCGACGGUGUCGUGGCUGCUGCGCACGGCGCGCGGCGGCGGCGGCGGCGGCGGCGCGGCUGCGCUGGCGCAGCGCCAGCCCCGCGCCGCGCCGCUGCUGCGCGCGCUGCUGCCGCUGCGCUGCGCACGCCUCGCGCAGUGCGCGGAGGCACUGUGCGCCGCGUACGGGCCGCUGCCGGGCCCGCUGCCCGCCGUGCUGCGCCACCUCGCCCGCCCGCCGCGCCGCGCGCACGCCGACCACGCCGACCACGCCGACCACGCCGACCGCGCCGACCACUCGGACGUGGACAACGCGCGCACCGUGGACGACCUCAUCGCCGUGGUGGAGCGGUCGUCGGCGCGGUCGCUGGAGGCGGUGGGCGCGCGCAUGAUCAGCGCGCGCGACCCGCGGCUCGUGCUGCGCGUGCUGUGCGCCGUGCUCGAGCGCAGCAAGGACGGCCGCUACGACGAGAUAAAAACAGAGAAUGACAACAAAGAGAUCCCGCUGUUCUCGCGUGGCGGGCGCGGCUGCGGUCUACUGCUCGAUUGGAUGUCCGAGCUGCAGCGGGAGACCCUGGGCCCGCAGCCCGAGCGACAGAUGCGGCUGAUGUUCGUGGCUGGGUGCGCGGCGUGGCGGCCGCUGCUGGUGACGCUGCUGGCGCACCGCGCCUCCUGGCGCACGCUGCACGCCUGCCUCACCGCGCUGCUGCAGCCCGACCGGGGCUGGGCGGCAAGCUCGGUGCUGGACUUCGCGGAGACUCUGAUCGGCAGCCCGCGCGUGUGGCAGGGCCGCGACAAGACCACGCCCAAACACCACUCGCCCGAGGACACGCUGCGCCUCCACAACGACCAGCUGGACGUGCUGGUGCGAUACGUGGUGGAGGAGGGCUUGGAGGCGGAACGUGCGGGCGGGGCCGAGGCGAUGCGGCGGCGCAUGGAGGCGCGCCUGCCGCUGCUGCUGCGCUGCUGCGGCGCCGCGCACUCGCUGCUGGCCUGCGCGCUGGCCGCCGCCGCGCACCACCCGCUCAUGCUGCUGCUGCUCUACAUGAAGGUGCCGAGGAUCCACCAAAUGCUGCUGCAGUGCUCAGAGCGGCCGCAGCAGCGGCUUCCGCUGCUGUCGACGUGCUCGUUAACGGCCGCGGCGGCCGCCACCACCAGCGCCACCGACCGCGUAUCACACUCGCUGCUCACUGCGAUCGCCUCCACCACCGCGCAGCACACGCACAGCAAGGACCACACUGCCAAGGUGUGGCGCAUGGAGGCUGGCGUGCGCGCGCUGUGGUCGCGCGUGGAGGGCUCGGGCGGGCGCGCGCUGCCGCUGGCCGCGGCGCUGCUGCGCGGCUCGCUGCUGCACCACCACCACCACCACCACCACCAUCACCACCACCUGCUGGCCGCGCUCGAGGCGCUGCCCGACGCCGAGCUCUUCGCCCCGCACACCUGCGAGGAGAUCCACACGAUACUAGAGUGCUUCCUGAACAUGGUGAAGAAGCAGAGCAGCGGCGGGGGCGGCGGCGGAGGCGCCCGCGAGGCGGGGCUGCAGCACCGCGUGGCGGCGCUGCUGCGCCGGUACGUGGCCGCGCGGCCCGCUCCCGCCGCCGCGCUACUGCAAGCGCACAAGGACAUAAUCGCGAGCACGCCGGCGCUGAGCUCGCUGAGCUCGCUGAGCGGCGCGGGCGGCGAGCUGGCCGCGUCCGCGUCGGCCGCGCCGCCGCCGCACGCGCUGCUGGCGCUGCAGCGCCGCCGCGACCCGCCCGACGACUUGCACAACUACAUACAGGAGGUGGAGGCGUGGGGCGGGCGGCGCGGCGGCGCGUGGGGCGGCGCGGCGGCGGCGGCGGCGCUGCUGCGCGCGGCGGCGCCGCUGGCCGCGCACGCGCACGCGCCGCUGCGGGCCGCCGCGCUCGGCCUGCUGGCGCGCCUGCUGCCCGCCGUCGCCCUCACCGACAUCAAGCCCGGUCUGGACGUGAUACUGGAAUGCCUGGACUCAUCACGGCCGGAGAUCACACAGUCGGUGCUGGACAAGCUGCCGGACCUAAUUAUCGGGAUGCAGGAGCACGCCACCCUGAUCCUGAUGCGUGUGUUCGAGCUGGGCAUGAAGUCGCGCCACCCCGUCGAGCAGUGCAUCGCCAAGUGCGUCACCACCAUCAACCUGCACCGCGGCUGCUGAGCACCACCGUGGCUAGAUGCCACUAGUCUUAACCCUUCUUUGCAUAAUGGUGGAAAUUUCCAUCAUAACAUUGAGUGCCCAAAAAUUAUAUAAAAGAAUAAGUUCACUUUAAGUUGAUCGUGUCUCGAUACCUUUUUAAUGUCCAUUGCAGAAAAAAAAAACAUAGCUGUCAAAUUUAUUUUUUUAACCAUUUUGUUUGAAUUUUGAACAUGAAUUAUAUCAUCUUGACUUAUUUCACCAAUAAAAAAAUUAUGCUGAGAAGGGUUAACGAUUCAUUAAUGUACCACUGUUGAAUAUAAGUAAAAAGACCAUGAAAAAUACAAAACCAACUAUGCUAGCCGGAUAUAAGGUUUUAUUGCAAGAUUUCCUUCUCUUGCACUGAUGUGGCGUGGCUUGCACACACUGGCGUGAAUUUACUGGGUACAGAGGAAUAACACCUAAGUCCUCAGGAAUGGCAACGCAUGGGGGGUAUCAUGGGCGAAACAGUAUACUCUGUUAUGUCCAUGGUACUGCUCAUGUCUAUAGGCGACGGUUACCACUUUUCAUCGGGUGGGCCGUCAGCUUGUUUGCCAUUUUAAGUUGUAUAAAAAAUUAUGUUUGGUAUUUUGUUCCUUAAUCGCCUCCAACGACGUCCUAUGAGUGAAUAGGGGGACAUUGUUUUCUGACUCCGUCACUAAUGUUUUCCAAUGCAAAUAUGGUCUGCCACACCUUAAAGCACCUCGCAAAUGAGUGACAAUCCUCGGCGUACUUUUUACCAAACCUUAAAUAUAAUACUAUAUUGUAAAAUCUGAAAUUUCAAGUUUCAUUCAAAUUAUUUUUAUAAAAAUACACUUGUUUACAAGCACUUUUAAUUCGCCAUUUUUUUUUAAUCUAAUGCAGGAUUCAAAAGGUUAUCUGUUGAGAAGAGCCCGCAAGAAACUCAACAGUUACUCUUUAAAAUCUCUGUUAACAUGUAUAUAUUAUAUAUUGUGUGUCCUAGAGUGGCUCCAAAUGUUAUUAAUGCUACUGAAAAAAUCAAAGUAAGCACCUACAUAGUAUUGGCCACGGCCUACGGCCACUUUUUACCAUCGUACGGCUCGCCAUCGACAGGGAGUUCACCCUCAUACCCUACAGACUAGAUGGUCGCGUACAACGCGAUUUCGGAGAUGUUUUCCCCCAUGAACACUUAGGUUAUGGAAUGAGCUUCCUGCCGAGGUUUUUCUAAAAGACUACAGCAUGUUCUAAAGGGAAUAAAGAGGUUUCUUCAGGGUCGGCAACACACGUGUAAUACCCCUGGUAUUGUAGGCGUUCAUAAGCUACGGUAAUCGCUUACCAUCAGGUGGGCCGUAAGCUUGUUUGCCACCUCAGUGGUAUAAAAAAAGUAUUAGUUUCGGUCUAAAAAGCGCGGAAUCUAUGUAUUUUUAUAUGAUUAUUUAAUCUCUGUCUACCCUAGUACGAGAAAUAGUGUGAAUCCUAAAUUUAAUGAGUUAUGGCACAUCUAUUCCUGAAUAUGACUUUAUAAUAUGUAAGAUUGAUUUUGUAAAUAAUAGAAAUAGUAUUAUUUGAUAUCGUAGUCAUAAGUUGUAUUGAAUAAAGAAGAAAAUUUAAUAAA